CGGGCUCUUUGUGGGGCCGCGAGCUCGGUGGAGAACCCAGAGCUCCGUCUGCUCCGACGCCACAGGCAGUGGGGCUGUCUCCGGGAAGCAGACCGGCGAACGCCCAUGCCCGCAUUCGCAGCUAGCCGCACCUGUCUGCUCCCGUGACAUCCUUCCCUGGGACGCAGUGACCCUUUUUAAAUCACAAGGGCGUGGGUCAGGCUCCCCUAGGACUUCAUGUCUGUAUAUUUCCCCAUUCACUGCCCUGACUAUCUGAGAUCAGCCGAGAUGACUGAGGUGAUGCUGAACACCCCAUCCAUGGAGGAGAUUGGCCUCAACCCCCGAAAGGAUGGCCUUUCCUACCAGAUUUUCCCCGACCCCUCAGACUUCGACCGCUGCUGCAAACUGAAGGACCGUCUGCCCUCCAUCGUGGUGGAGCCCACAGAGGGGGAGGUGGAGAGUGGGGAGCUCCGGUGGCCCCCCGAGGAGUUCUUGGUCCAGGAGGAUGAGCAGGACAACUGUGAAGAGACAGCGAAUGAAAACAAGGAGCAGUAGAGUCCGCGCCGGCUCCCACGGGGUCACCCCAGGCAGCAUCUGUACCUGAACUGUAUUCUUUCCCACUACGAUGGAAGGAGCGUGUGAGCCACAACAGUUCUGAAAACAGCGGAUGAUGGCUUCCGUUUUGCACCUGCAAAUCACUGAGUUGGUUUUCUUUUCUUUUCUUUUCCUUUUUUGAGAUGUCGAGCAGCAGAGCCGUCAGCGACACCGUGCCAGGCCUUCUGAGAAAGGCAGCUGCUUAGAGCAGGGGUGGGGGGUGCGGGGAGGCGGCGCCUUGGAGAUCUUUAUCUGAACUCCAGCAGGUUGGGGCGGUGGGAUUCUGGGGGGCUCUUGGGGGGGUGGGGGAUGGAUGGGGGAAGUACAAAGCUAACAAGGGAUGACUGGGGUAAGAAAACAAACAGAUGAAAGAGAAAACAGGCGUUUUAAAGAAAACUUUGAGCAGAGAAGCGCAGCCAGGAAGUACCUGCCCGGCAUGCAUGCACUCUGGCGGCUGGGACCUCACACGACAAAGUCUUCAUCUCUCUCCCCAGUUUUGCCCACUGCCAGCUUUUGCUUUUAUUUCAGGUGUGUUGGUCUGUAAUGGGGAGGCAGAUAAAGGAGAACAGUGGACGCUGGCUGCCGGCAAAGCCAGCUGGAGGUGAUGCUGGGAAAGAAAAGGGUCUCCUGUUUCCUUUUCCAUCACCUUCCCCUCCGACCCCGGCAGGUGUAUGUGCCCGCUGUAAUCUGGAGGUUUUUAAGAGACCGCACUUUUCAGUUCUCCCCUGAUGUAUCCCGUUUGCCCCCAAGCCCUUUUGGAAGUUGCGAGAGCUCUUCCCGCCCUUGUUGGAAGACCCAGGUGGGUGCUUGGACACCAAGAUCCCUUCCUACCUGCUCGCCCCGGACUUGCUCUCCCUCUGAGCAGAGGCACGAGCCUCUUCCAGGCUGGCCCUUCCUGUCCCCUGACCUCCACCCUCCCUAGUCCCGGCCACAGCAGUCAGGCCGGGGUGGCUGCCAGCCCCGCUGCGGAAUAAUCCAGCCAGCCCGACCCGCCGCAGCACCCACUCCCACGUGGGAUCUUGGCCUGCUUUUCUGGUGGGAGCUGAGUGGCAUGCAGAGGGGGCUUUUUCUAUUUCUUGUUGAGGACAUGAACUUUAAUGCAGGUCCUGAGAGCUGGCAGAGCCCAGGUGGUACUGGAUGGCAGGGAGAGGCUCUCAUGCAGCAGCCUGGGGAUGGAAUUUGAAACUAAAGUGUCGUGAGAUUCCAAGCUGAUCCUCGGUUUGUUCCCGGAUGUGGGGGGAGGAGGGCAUGGUGAGGGAGCAUUGAGCGGUGGGCCUCACCCCUCCCCACCUCCCACCUGACCCCUGCAAGGACACAGUGGCACGAGAAAGCUAGCUUGUGCUUAGAGCUUCUUAUCAUGGUUAAGAACCAUCUGGAGCUGCAGAGAUUGCAGGACAAACUCUUCAAACCAUCUCUAUCUCAGAGCAGGACUGUGCAGCCAAGAGAUGAGCUCAGGAUGCUCCCUGGGGCUGAACUCGGCCAACGGAGACACCCACCGUGUUCCCCUCAGGGCUCCAGUCGGUCCAGGUUGAUCCCGGUUGGGACUUGCGUGCGGAGUUGUGUUUUAUACCUCAAGGUUAGUGUGGCUCUGGAGAACGUUGGGGCAGGAGGACCAGCGCGUGCUUUUGUCACAGCAGCAGGACUUGGCUCUGGGAAGCCGACGCUCAGCCCCUCGCCUCCCUGCCCCCACCCUCUGUGUUGUCUGCUUGUGUCGCACACACACCGAUGGCAAUAACUUCUUCCAGCUCCUUGAGCAAGUGGGAGAGGCCUGCAGCCUGCACAGCCAGGGGGUUGCCCUGGCUCUCGCUCUCCCUCUCCCUUGCUUUGGCUGCAGAGAGCCUCCCUUGUUCCUCUCAUUCCUUCACAGCCACCGUUCUCAUCCCGCACUUCCCUUUGUGGAUGGGGUCUUGCCUUUGAAAACAAUCUCGUGUUUCUGUGUCCCCUCUCAUCCACUCCCCGGUAUCAUCCGUCCAGUCUUGCCAUGUGAUGGGAAUGUGCUUGUAAACUGCAUAACAAAUCGACUUUGUGUAUAUGUGUGUUUAUGGGGGUGGUUUAUUAUUUUGCUGGUCACUAGACCCCUUUGUACGACCACGUGGAGUCUGAGCAGACCAGGGGCUGACAGCUCAAGUCAGGACCCUCAGCAGUGAGCCUGUUGGGGGAACCCAGCUGCUCUUGGACAAGUGGCUGAGCUCCUGUCUGGCCUCCUUUUUUUUUUUUUUUUAAAGUAACUUGUGUGUAUUUCUAACUGAUCAUAUUGAGGGGAAAAAAAAAAAAAAACCUUAGUAUUUCAGUAAAAAUGCCUGUUGUAAGAUGAACCUCCUGUAACUUCUAUCUGUUCUUUUUUGAGGCUCAGGGAGAAACUAGCAUUUUUUUUUUUUUUUUUUCCAAACUACUUUUUGUCACUGUGACAGUUGUAAAUAAAGUUUGAAAAUGCUUUCCA